AUGGGAAAAGAUUAUUAUUCAAUCCUAGGAGUAACAAGAAGUGCCAAUGAAAAGGAAUUAAAAUCAGCCUAUCGUAAACUUGCUCUCAAAUGGCAUCCCGAUAGAAAUCCUGAUAAUAAACAAAUGGCUGAGCAAUGGAUCAUUCUUUCAAAGUACACAACAGAGAGGACCUAG